UUAAGCUCGUGGCUUAAUCAGAGCGAAGACUAGACUGCCUGAAAGAGUGAGAGACAGCUAUAGAAAGGGGGAAACUUAGAUUCACAAUUUCGUAGCCCACUGCUCUAAAUUGAAAAACGUAAUUGAGAUGGCGCAAUCAGGGAAACCCAUUACAAGUCCAGUUCCAGAAGCUUGGUAUCCAACCUUAGCUUUUUUCAUGCUGACCAUUGGACUUCUGCUCAGUGCUGCUUUCUUCAUCUACGAAGCUACAUCUUCCAAGAAAAACAAAAGCAUAACAAAAGAGCUUAUUACUGGAGCAGUCACUUCUAUUUUCUUGGGUUUCGGAUCUUUGUUCUUGCUUCUUGCCACUGGUGUUUAUGUAUGAGACACAGUAGACAGGCGAAAAAUUCUGGCGAACCCUAAAAAAGUGACGCAAUAUUAACAUGGAAAGGUAGUGUAGCUUUUUCACAAAUGGAAUCAAAAUCUCUAGUACUGGAUUAUGCAAUAAGAAGUGAUUAUGAGAUAUUAUAUCAGAUAUAUCUGUAAUCUUGUAUUUGACUAGUUUGGCCUGUGAGAAGCACUUUGUAGCUUGAUAUCUUUUUGCACUGUGUUUUGUUGUUCAGAGAGUUAAGUAAAUUUUGGUACCAAUUGUGUUUAACAUUUGCAAAUCUCGAAACUAAAUGACUUACAUAUAUAUGCAAAAA